GCGGUACGCCAAGCGCGUAGAGGUCAAGAAGGGUCACGCACGGCGCCGCCGCGGAGCCGACUGGGAACGCUGUGCAAAAUGGCGACGCCCAGCCUACGCGGCCGCCUAGCGCGGUUUGCGAACCCGGGAAAACCUAUCCUGAAACCCAACAAGCCUCUUAUCUUAGCUAACCGCGUCGGGAACCGACGCCGAGAGAAGGGCGAGGCAACCUGUAUCACGGAGAUGACGAUGAUGAUGGCUUGCUGGAAGCAGAACGAAUUCCGCGACGAAGCGUGCAGGAAAGAGAUCCAGGACUUCUUCGAUUGUUCUUCCAGGGCUCAGGAAGCUGGGAAGAUGAGAUCAAUCCAGGAGUCUCUGGGAAAGUCUGAGAGUUUACCUCCCCACAAAAUGACCAAGUUGUUACAGAGAUUUCCCAACAAAUCUCAUCUCAGCUGAAAAUGGAGAAACAUUUUCAAUGAACUCUUAUUUCCUAAAGCUAUACAGAGAGGCAUGUUAGGGAUGUUUGCAUUUGCAUUAUUACCAUGAGUUUUUGAAGGGUAAAAUGAGGCAAAACACUUAAUUUUGCUCUUCUGAAUGAAUCGUGUUCUGGAUGCUGUCUUGAAAUAAAAGCCUCUAAAAAGAAA